CCCUUACCGACGUGUAACUACGCUGGAUGGACGUGGAGAGCCAUGCUGUUCGUGUGCAAAUGGUAUAAUGGAGAGGGACUCCAUCGGCAACAUUACUGCAGAAAAGACGAAACCGGCUUCGCCUUUGGGGAAAAAUAUUAAUGAAGACACCUGCACGGAUAAUUCCCACACGUCCGGGAUUGAGACCUGUGCUGCUGCUGAUGUCGCCCGAGCCAGGUGGACUCUACUGAGACAGGUGCUGCUUCACAAGCAGGUGGACAGUCCGGAGGUCAAACAGGUGUCUGUUCGCAGGUUCGCCACGUUUGACCUUUUCAGUAGGAAAAGGUUUGAGACAGAAGACCCUAGUGAUACCUCAGAUGACCAGUGGGUGGAGUACACAAGUGUCUACUUUCCUGAGUACAGUGCCUUUCUCAGGGACAACCUGGGGCCCCUAAGAGUUAAUGAAGUGCUCAACAGUUUUGACAACACUGGUAAUGUCUGUGUGUGGCCAUCUGAAGAGGUGAUGGCUCAUUACUGUCUGCAGAAACGUCACAUGUUCACGGGUUCAGUGUGUGAGCUUGGAGGAGGCAUGACUUGUGUUGCUGGGCUCAUGGUUGCCAUUUGUGCUGACGUGAAGGAAGUUCUGCUAUCAGAUGGGAACGAGAAGUCCAUUCAGAAUGUACGAGGACUCAUCAAGAGAAACAGGCAAGCUGGAAGGUUUGGGACAACACAUGUGUCUGCCAGGGCGGUGAGGUGGGACUGCGAGUCGGACAUUUCAGCACUAGAGGGUCACUUUGACAUUGUCAUGUGUGCAGACUGUUUGUUCCUCGACCAGUACAGAGCCAGCCUGGUUGAUGCUAUAAGGAGAUUACUGCAACCCAAAGGGAUGGCGCUGGUGUUCGCUCCGCUGCGAGGUGAAACUCUGAGACUGUUUUGUCAACUGGCCCAGCAGGCCGGACUCUGCGUGUCUGAACACCGGCAGUAUGAUGCUCAGGUCUGGGAUGUUCAUUUAAAGAUGCAGAAAGAGGGUAAAGAAGUAUAUGAUGAGAACAUCCACUAUCCUCUCCUCAUCACCUUGACCAAAGGACCAAAGACUCAGUAAAACACAAGCCCUCAUCUAUAAACAGUACCACACCACAUGGAAUGAAGACAGAGCCACCGUCUGAAGUGGAGUGAUGCGACAGAGUCAUGUCACCAGUGUGAUCUGCAUGUGAGCUAAGUGAGGACGAAGAGCUGCACUCAAAAAGCAGGACUAGAAUAUAGCAGGAGCAACGUUGUUUCUAAAACAGUGGGGAUACCUUUACUGUGGCUGAGGAGAAAGAAAAAGAGAUGAUAUAUUCUGAUCUAGUAUGUUGUUAUCAUCAACUCCAGAUUAGCCACUUGGUCAGUCAGUGCUUUAGUCAUUUGUUCAGUCUGGUAGUUCACCAAACACUUACAUGUAGUCGCUGCUAUGACCAGCAAGUCACUCAUCUAAUUGGUUAAUCAGCCAUUCAGGAAGCUGAAUCACAUUGCCAAACAGUCACCAGCCAAGCUAACUGUCAGCUAUUCAGUUUUCUAUCAUGACAGUUAUCCAGUCAUCAUUCCAGACAAGAAGCCAGCCGGUAGUUCAGUCAGGCAGUUACAGUCGGUCCUACUGUGGGUGUCAGUUUUUUAGUCAGUUGCCUCUCUUUAACCAGUCAAUAUUGACCUUUGUCACUGUGUUUCUGGGCCCAGCUCAAGUUCAUUAACUACCAUGGAUUGUGGAGCAGCUCACAGUUUCCACUGAUUGUCAUUUAUUUCUCUUUGUUCCCUUCUUCUCCAUUUAAAUUUCUUCUAAUAUAGCUCAUUCAUCCCAGUCAGAGGUCAGUAUUAACAACCUCUUUUAUGCAUUAUAUACAGUGCAUUAACAUAUAAAGGCACAUUCAGAUGAAAGAGCAAUUGUCACUGACUGUGAGCUACAGUUUACUUUGCCACACAUACAAGUGCACACUUUACACCUGUACAUCAGACCUGGUUUGGACGCUACACCUCCAUACUCCACUAGUAGAUGCUUAACUCACCUUCAAGAAGUGUGCAAGUCUAAAGAGAAACAGAGAGAGAAUACAUGCACAUUAUUUCUAACACUACUAUAACAAGUGACCCCAAUACUGUGGAGAUUUAAA